AUGGACGUCUUCGGAGUAGAUGUGGCCUGCGCGAAGAUUUCCGGCGAAGUGUUGGAGCUUUCUCUCGACUCGGACUCCCUGGUGCGCGACCUGAAACGGUCCAUUGCCGACAUGGCCGCGUCCGAUGAGAUCCAGUUCCAUCCCAUCUGCCAAAAGCUCAUGUUCCAAGGCCGCCCUUUGGAGGACUCUGAGAGGCUGCGCGUGCUCUGUGAGCCGCCGGCCGAGAGAGGCACGAAGGCCAAACUGGAGAUGACUCUUCUGCUCACGGUGGACAGCCUUUUGGCAACUUUCGGCCUGUCGAAGCCCGACCUUGCCGUCGCCGCGAUCAAAGUAGCUCGGACGAUGGUGGCUUGUGAUGAGCAGGUCCUGUCUGCGCUCUACCACUGUACACGCUGGGGCCUCUUCCGCGGCUGGUUGGUGCGGUCCGAGACGACCUCGCAAUGCCGUGUUGAGGCAGCCAAGGCCAUCAGCAGCUUCGCGCAGAGCGGUCAAGAGAAUGCUGUAGAUGCGCUGAUCAGGUGCCUGAAGAGCCCCUCUCGGCAAAUUCGUGAUCUUGUGAUCGACGGGCUCCUCAUGGUCCCGAUCGAGAAAGGGCAAUUGCGCAAGAAGCUGCGAUUGGCCAUUGACGGACUCCUCCAGCAUGUGCAGCCUAUCGAGGGCGACGACUACUACGAGGACUUUCACAGGAUCGAGAAGUGGCAGGUUCUGCCGGCAGUGGAGAUUUUGGGGCGUCUGUCCCCUCCUGGCGACGAGGAUGCCCUCGCAGUGCUGAAGAAGGCUCUGGACCUCAAGUACGACCUUACUGAUCGCCGGAUCUUGGCACGAAGGGUCGUGCUGUCCUCACUGGGCCACGUGGGCUGGGAUUGUCCGCAGACGGCGCGAAAGCUGGUGCAACUCUUCGUCAAGCUGUGCAGCGUCCUGAUGGUUCCCCUUCAGAUUGGCCGUUUCGGCAUGGUUAACGAUCCGCACGACCACUGGGAGACGACAGUUCCUGCCGUGGCCCAGCAAAUGUGCAGCUUUGAAGAGACGAGGCUGAAGCUUCCCGAGAGUGUGGUGGAUGAGUUGGUCUCUCUCCUUUCACACGCGGGUCAGACAGACCCUCGAUUUCGUUUCAAGAUCGGCGGCAGCCGCUUCGCUACACGGGGACGGAUGCCAAACCCUGCAUCUAUACGGCGAGCGGCUAUUGAGCUGCUGAGUGCAUGUGCAAACGAAAGCGUGGUGGAGAAAACGCGGCCGCUGUUGCAGCAUCAUUGGGAUGAAGUGAAGAUCGCAGCUAUUACCGUGCUGGGUCGGCGGUCGUUCAACGACGAAGUCGUCAUGGCUGAGCUUACAAAUCUGCUCCAUUCUGAAGCGCCCCCGGUGGCACAGGAAGCCGUCACUGCGCUGGGCCAGGUGGGCAAAGGCAACGCGCAAGUCAUCGCAACCUUGAGAUCAUGCCUGUCGCACGCGGAUGGCUGGGUACGAAGAAGCGCGCCCAAAGCCUUGCUGAAUGCGGUUGGCUCCGAUGUUGUGGACGAGCUACGGCAACUGAGUGCCCAGGGCGAUGUGGAGGUGGCCGAAGCCUCACUACUGGCCUUGCCGGACGAUGUGCGAGCUGCCGCUGCGGCUUUGGAGCAUCAGGACCCGCAUGUCCAAUUCGUUGCCGCGAAGCUGCUGUUGAAGAUUCACCGGGUGCUUGACAAUUCAGUGGCAGCAUUGUGUGCGCGCUUGGGGGAAAAUCCGAAGUACGAGCCGGAGGCUCACACAGUCGGCAAGGCGCCCUCUGCGGAGACCUUCGCGGCUGUCAAAAAGGUCGUCAUGCGCCGGGAAAUCUCCGAGACAAAGCGGAUCUGCAUUGGUUUUCUCUAUGAUCUGGGCGUGCAGUUGCAGCACCAGGAGGCGAUCAACCUGCUGCAAGAGCUCUUGGACGAGAAGCUGUGGCAUCCCGUCGAACAGGCUCAGGAUGCUCUGAGAUUGCUGCGCGAGAAGCCAAAGCCGAAGCUGAGAAAAAUGAUAAAGGCAAAGUGGGUUUCUUCCAUGCUAUCGCUCGACAGAGACGAUGACCUGCCUGUCCCAUCAUCUCUGGAGGAAGAUAGCUCCACCUUCUGGGACGCGUACAGCGUGGACGACUUCACGGCUCACAUCAACGAGCACGGUGUGCUGGAGACAGGCAGCGAGCAGGGUACGAUUGGAAGUUGCACUAGGCUGAAACGGUCUCUCAUGGUCUCGCGUUGCUUGCCUCCGGUGUAUUCGUGUGAGCUCAUGCCAACGAUGGACUUCGGAGUGGCUGCGACGAUGGAGACCGCCCAGAAGGAGCGUGGCAAAGCCCGGUUGGCGGUCGUGGCCGUACUGCUAAGCGGACUGGCGCUCCGAUCGCUGACGUUCUGUGGCAGUCCGACUGUUGCAGGGCGCCAGCCGGGCCGCGGCCAAGCCGAGCCGUCAAGAGGUUCAUACAUCUGCCGCCAAGCGGUGUCGCUGAAGGUGGAUGGGGCAGUGAAGCCCUUGGGAAAGUUCCUGCUUCUGAAGUCUGCGAAGGCGGAGGAGAUGACCAAGGCGGGCCUGCUGCUGCCGAAGAGCGAGAAGCCUAAGGAGGGCGAGGUAGUGGCAGUUGGCCCCGGAGAGGCCAUAGCCGAGUCGGGCGUGAUGGUUCCAAUGUCUGUCAAGGUGGGUGAGAAGGUUCUGUACAGCAAGUAUGGUGCAUCCGAAACCAUCGAGUGCAGUGGGGAGGAUCAUGUCCUCGUCAGAGAGGAUGACGUUCUCCUGAAGUACGAAGGCGACGAGCCUUCGCUGGAGCAGGUCUCCAUGCCCCGGGGGAAGGUUCUAGUGAAGCUGUUGGCAAAAGAGGAGGAGACCUCCUUCGGCUUGCUCCUUUCGAAGGAGGCCUCCAAACAGACCACGACCGCGGGCAAGGUGAUUGCUGUCGGCCCUGGCAUCGUUCUUGCCAACGGGGACGAGCAGCCCUCGCCUGUGCAGGUUGGCGACAUGGUCCGCUUUCGCUACGGGGACGAGGUCGACCUGGACAUAGGUGAUGACCAAUUUUCUGUCGUCAGCAGCUCCAACUGCAUCGCGAAAUGGCAGGAUGCUUGA